GGCCUUCCCCCGCCGCCGCCGCCCCUCACGGCGGCCUCGGGCCGCGCCCGGACGGCGGCCCAGGGCUCCGGGACUGACAGCAUUCCUGUCGAGGGGACUCCUGAAUUGCCGUGCGGUCACGCAGCAGCAGCAGCGUGCAGCAGCACCCAAAACCCUGAACAAGUGGCCCGGCUUUCAGAAGUGCUGAGCAGUCAGAAGCUCCUGUUGAGCACAGUGGCAGCUGAGGGGUGACUCAACAUUUCUGAGGAUCAUUCCACUUAAAUAAGGUUUUACCAAGAGACAGUACAUCUAACACUUAACUUGGAUCAUCUCUUGUUCAUCAGCUUGAAAAUCAUAACAGCCCCCAAAACUGACAUUUGAUCUGAAAGAAAAAGCUGUGACAAAUGGACAAUAUGUCUAUUACUAACACGCCAACAAGUAAUGAUGCUUGUCUGAGCAUUGUUCACAGCUUGAUGUGCCAUCGACAAGGUGGAGAGAGUGAAACUUUUGCAAAACGCGCAAUUGAAAGUUUAGUUAAAAAGCUAAAGGAGAAAAAAGAUGAAUUGGAUUCUUUGAUUACGGCUAUAACCACAAAUGGAGCUCAUCCUAGCAAGUGUGUUACAAUACAGAGAACGCUGGAUGGGAGGCUUCAGGUGGCCGGUCGCAAGGGAUUCCCUCAUGUGAUUUACGCCCGUCUGUGGAGAUGGCCUGAUCUUCAUAAAAAUGAACUCAAGCAUGUUAAAUAUUGUCAGUAUGCUUUUGACUUAAAAUGUGACAGUGUCUGUGUAAAUCCUUACCAUUAUGAGCGUGUAGUAUCGCCUGGCAUCGAUCUCUCAGGACUGACACUACAGAGUUCUGCUCCCUCCAGCAUGCUGGUGAAGGACGAGUACGUCCACGACUACGAGGGGCAGCCGUCGCUGUCGUCGGCCGAGGGCCACUCGGUGCAGACCAUCCAGCACCCGCCCAGCAACCGGGCCUCCACGGAGCCCUACAGCACCCCGGCCAUGCUGGCCCCCACCGAGGCCAGCACCACCAGCACCACCAACUUCCCCAACAUUCCCGUGGCUUCCACAAGUCAACCUACCAGUAUAUUGACAGGUAGCCAUAGUGAUGGACUCUUACAGAUUGCGUCAGGGCCUCAGCCAGGAACUCAGCAGAAUGGGUUCACAGCUCAGCCAGCCACUUACCACCACAACAGUACCACCACCUGGACCGGGAGCCGGACGGCCGCCUACACGCCCACCAUCCCGCACCACCAGAACGGCCACCUGCAGCACCACCCGCCCAUGCACCCCGGGCACUACUGGCCAGUUCACAAUGAACUUGCAUUCCAGCCUCCUAUAUCAAAUCAUCCUGCUCCAGAGUACUGGUGUUCCAUUGCGUACUUUGAAAUGGACGUGCAAGUCGGGGAGACGUUUAAGGUCCCUUCCAGCUGUCCCAUUGUCACUGUGGAUGGGUAUGUGGAUCCUUCUGGAGGAGACCGGUUCUGCCUGGGCCAGCUGUCCAACGUGCACAGAACAGAAGCCAUCGAGAGAGCAAGGUUGCACAUAGGCAAAGGGGUGCAGCUGGAGUGCAAGGGCGAGGGCGACGUGUGGGUGCGGUGCCUGAGCGACCACGCCGUCUUCGUGCAGAGCUACUACCUGGACAGGGAGGCGGGGCGUGCCCCGGGGGAUGCUGUUCACAAGAUCUACCCAAGUGCAUAUAUCAAGGUGUUUGACCUGCGCCAGUGCCACCGCCAGAUGCAGCAGCAGGCGGCCACCGCCCAGGCCGCCGCCGCCGCCCAGGCCGCCGCCGUGGCCGGCAACAUCCCGGGGCCCGGCUCCGUGGGGGGGAUCGCCCCAGCCAUCAGUCUGUCAGCGGCUGCCGGCAUCGGCGUGGACGACCUGCGCCGCCUGUGCAUUCUCAGGAUGAGUUUUGUGAAGGGCUGGGGACCCGACUACCCGAGGCAGAGCAUCAAGGAGACGCCGUGCUGGAUUGAAAUCCACUUGCACCGUGCCCUGCAGCUGCUGGACGAAGUGCUGCACACCAUGCCCAUCGCAGACCCCCAGCCCCUGGACUGAGACCCUGCUGCUGCUCUGCGGGCCCGGUGUCCUGAGGAGGCUGGAUUGUAAAAUACGGUUCUGUUUAUAACCUGAAGAUAUAUUUUACUUUUGUUCUGCUUAAUCUUCUAAAAACAGGUUUUAAAAAUGUGUUUGCCGCCUUGCUCUUAGCAGAAAGAAUCUGAACAUGCAGAAUUUGGAUUUCAGUUAUUUUCAGAACUCAGUAGUCAUAAUACAGGGCUUAAAGUGGAAGGUAAACGCUUUAUAGAGACUUAACAGUAUUGGGUUUGUUCCCUUUGAAACUCUCCUUCCCUAUUGUGGCAUCUUGGUGAUCAGCCUCACGGGAGCCUUUUGUAUGCAGAAUAUAUAUUAUAUAUAUAUUUAUAUCUGAAAAUUCCUUCUAGUAGUUAAAAACAUUUACCUUGUAGCGACUUUAAAAUUCCAACUGAUUUGUGAUAUUCUCUUUAGGGAACAGUAGUUAACAGAAGACUUCUUUAUUUUGUUGAUGGUCGUGUUAUGAUUUUUCCAGGUUAAAGCCUAGCAGCUGCCAAAAAGUGAGGGGAUGACACAUACGUUGUUGGCAUUGAUCAAAAACUUCACUAGUUUUUAAAAAAAAAAGAUAUCCUAGAUUUUUAUUUAUAUAGCCACGUGAGUUUUAAAACACUAAAGGAAACGGAUGCUUUCAGUGCUGGCGCUUGGUUUAACGUGAAAUACCCAUCCUGCAAAGCUGCCACUGGAAUUGCAUCAUGAGUGCCUGAUGGCAGGAACGUAUUUUCAUAAUUACUACUGACUUCUAUGAUUUUGCUCAAAAAUGAAAAAAAACCCUGUCAGGUGUUACAGAUAAAUUUGCAUGGCUCUUUUUACUUGCAUAUACCACGGAACGAUGUAUGGUAACCCAUCGGUGUUUAGGGCUCGGUUUUUGUAUCUGUUCACCAUUUCCACUCAGGGCAAGAUGGCAAACCUGUUUUUAUACCUCCUGGUUACUUUAGCCCUCUGCCGUCGGUGACCGUAUCAAUGGGCAAUGACCUUGUGUAGAGAAUUUGCAGUAGAAGAACAUGCACACGUAUCGGCUGUACCGCAGGUACAACAUGUAUGCUUUCUCUCUAGAUAGUAGUGCAAAUAAAAGGAUGGAAACCCUCAUUUAUAAAAAUGCGGUGUGCUCCUAAUGUGUAAUUCCGCACCUUGAGGCCAUCGAUCCCGAGCGAUGGACCCCUUCCCUCAGCCAGGACAGCAGCAGCCAACUGUGGCAGCAGUUUCUGUUGGUUUAAACCUGCCAGGAAACAAGGCCAGCCUCUCUUGCUUUCACUGCUCCUCCAUAAAAGCGUGUCCUGAGGAGAUCUGGGUUGGGACGGGGCGUGAGGAGGGAGCAGGAAUUCCUUCUGCUGCGGUGCGAGUUCAGGUCGUGCCUCCAUAGGAGGCCCUUGGAGCGCUGGCAGCACAGCUGGAGCGCUGAGCAGCAGCAGAAAUCCUGGGGAGAUCAUUCGGGGGCUUUCUGCCGAGUUCCUUGCACGGUUUCAGGAACCUGUAGAAGGCUGUGGCAGUGCUUAGGUGCUGCUUUUUCCCCACGCUGGAAUUCCUGCGGAGGCAGCCAGGGGCACUGCUCUGUGCUGGGGGUGGAGCCAUGGCCACCAAUGGGUCAGUUUUCCAGCAUUUUCGGUAUUUUCCCUGUUGCCUUCCUCAGGCUGACUUCUAAUGAGAUCGUUUUUUCUUUCCCCUCAGGUGGCAGCCUCCUGAUCUUUGGGAAAGGCAGUGUUUGCUCUUCUCCCAGCCUUUAGCUCUGCAGCUGUUUGGCUUUGCUCUCUCCCUAACGAUCCAAGGAGCUGCUCCCUGUUCCUGAGGAACCCUUUGAGUGGAGGGUUCUGACACAUCCUCGGGGCAGCUCGUUAAGCAGCAGCUCGGUUUGAUUUGACCCAGAAACCAAAAGCUGAGGGCACUCCCUGCUUGCCAGGCUCCCCUCCGGGUGUCUGCGCCGCGGGGCUCGGGGCGCGCAAGCGCUCAGGGGCUGCUGGCCCGGCUGGGGCAGCGCUGGGAGGGGCUGGGCUGGGCUGGGGCUUGUCCCCUGCUCGCCCUGGGAGCUCUGCAGGGUGCUCAGCUGGACGGGUGCUGGUCUGAAACCUGCCCCCCGCGCUGAUGUUUUGGUUGUGCCGAGCUUGGACCGAACAGGGAGGGAUUGGUCCAGCCUGUUGCUGCUCCUGCUCGUGUUGCAGGAUUCAGUCGCUGAGGCUAGAUCUUUUUGUAGAUACUUUGCAGGUCUCCACCUGCAGUGGAGUACAUGGACGGCCCAGAACGUUCAGGACGGAACAACAAAGUGGUAUCUGAUGAGUUUAUUACAGGAAAUCACUGUGUGCACAUCAGGAGGAAUCUGAGGCAGUAAAAGAGGAGAAGGCAUUCAUCUUCUCCACCAAGCAGUUCCCAAAAGGAUGCAAUUGCAGCUGCUAAAGAAAAAUGAGACAAUCUUAUUCUUAGCUUUUAAUAUGCUGUUAAAUUAACUUAUGUACUUUUAUGACAAGGCAUAAAAGGCAGCACAUAAUGGCUGGAACCCGCUCGGCAGCAGCAGACAUUGAGGUUUUGACAGGCUUGCAUUUAUGUCUGGGAGCUGGAAAAGAGCUGCAGCUCCUUGGCAGCUGUGAUGAUCCAUCCCCGAGUGCGCUGCAGGCAGGGAUGUCAGGGACGCCAGCGCUGUGUCUCCUCAGCUCUGAAUCGCUCACAUUCAGGUAACCAACAAGUGUUUAUUCAGCUUGCAACCCGCUGCUCGCCCCCUGCUCCCGUGUCUGCUCCGCUCCGUCCUUUCCAUGGAGCAAUUGCCCCCGCCUUCCUCACCCUCAAAAACCCCUUUGUGCUGGACUCUUUGUGAUUUCACUCAGUGCGCUGGCGAGCCGGGAUUAGCCCCGGAAGGUUUAGAUGGCUUUAUCCCCGUCAUUGUUAGCUGGGAAAGGGAAAGCGAGGGGCAUUCACAGUGAGCUCAUUGGAGAUGCAGGAGAGGAAACCUUCCCGCUGGAAUGCUUUGGAAGCACUGAAUUCCAUCCGGAAUCCCCUGGAAGGAGACAUGACCAUUCCUUCCAUUGUUUUGGUGAGGGUGCUGCGCUGGGGGCCCUGUAGGGCUGGCCGUGGGAUAAACAUUUCAGGAGCAGCUCUGGACGCGGCUGCUCUCCGGAGAGGGGGCCUGCCCUGCGGUGACCACGCUGUCCCCGGUCACCAGGCAGGGCAGCAGCAGCCGGAGCCUGAGCCGCCCCUCGGAGCCCUCCCCGCUCGUUGUGAGCGCCCACGGCUCGGGAGGGGCCGCCCACCCUCCGCCCGGGAACCGCGGCGUUCCUGCUCCAGCCCCGCGGCGUGGCUGCGCUGCCGGACCCUCGGGGCACUGCCCACACCCCGGGGUGCUCUCCUGGGAGACACCUCGGGGCUCCUCCCCACGGAAUCCGCGCCUUGGGAAGGGGCUGUCCCGCUCGUGUUUUCCCUGCUCCAGGGAGCGGGCCGGGACUGCCGGUCCCGUCCCUAAUGGCACCGGUUGGACACAGCGGAUGGGCUCCUCCUCCGAGUGGAUUCAGACUUCACCGGAGGAAUCUUUUUUGCUGCCUCCCAGCCCGCCCAGGCGCACACCAGAGCGGCUGCUCUGGAGCCGCACGGUGCUCUCUGCUCAGGGCUGUCAGGGCAGGCUUUGAGAGGCCCCCGCCGGUCCCAGCCGCGCCUCCCUGGCUGAGCACCGGUGCUGCUCCGGUGCCUGUCGCAGGCGCCUGGGCUCUUCACCAGCACUGGGCUGGGCCCUCCUGCCCCGAUGCAGCUCCUUGGCCCCAGACAGGGAAACUGAACUGGCAGAAAGCACUCCUCCACCAUCCUGUAGGAGCUGGGUACUGAACACCCGCUUCCAUUGUAUCACCCCAAAUCUCUCCUCGAUUGUGAGUUUCUGGCACUCAUCCCACGGCUGUGACCGUGCUGACCCGGAGCUGCUGCCCGUGGGGCUGCUGAGGUCCCCGAGAGCGACUUUGCUGUGGAAGGUGUCACUUGGCGAGGCCUGGUGAGAGCGGAAUCACCACCGACAGCGUCCCAGAGGCUUGGCUCUGUUGGCUGCUGCUGCACCUCGUGGGUGGUGCGUCGCUCCCAAAUUCGCAGGGCUUGCACACCAACGCCAGCUGGUGCUCUCCUGCUCCGGUACCCCUUUCUGUCUUUUUGGUGAGGUUUGGUAGCACUACAGAGUUAUGAUUCAGCUGGAUUGAGAGCUGUGUGUACCCAUAACCCGAAACUCACCGUGAGGGGGUUUUUGAGCUCAGAAACCUAGUUUUAAGCAUUUCUUUUUUGCAGCCGUUGCCUUUUGAUAAGCGGUCAACAGAAUUCCCAGUAGUUCCUUUGUAGCUUCCUGUAUGUUUUUCAUUAGACCUAGUUUGUGGAUAAUAUACUGUAGCUAACUUUCCUGAAAUUCUGUAACAGAGUAUGUUUUUGAUUAAAAAAGGUAAAGAUUCAA